AGAGAGAUCGAAAAAAAUAAUUGACACCGAUCCAGUUUGUUCGAGUAUCUUGCACUGUCGCAUUCGGUCAAUUUGGAAGUGAUUCAAUCUGUGACCAAGUGAAAGAAAAACUAGAUGUAUCAGUAGAACAAUACACUAGAAACUGUCUUUAUACUGUCUGGAAUGGGUUUCUGGAACAUGUGCGGUUUUAUUCCAGUUCUGCUAUUGUAUGAUGUGCAAACAAAGUGCAUAAUCACUAGAUCAUUAGAUGUAUGCGGUUCGACUGGAGAUAUGUACAAUUGUCAACAUCAGCAAUUGAAAUUCGUACCAGGAAACAUUACGUCAAACAUUACAGCUAUUGAUCUUUCUGACAACGACAUAGUGAAUCUCCAGGAUGACGACUUUAACGGAAUGUAUAAUCUGAAAGCCAUUUAUCUUAAUCGGAACAGGAUAAAACACAUCAAGAAGAACGUAUUUCAACAUCUGCCUAAUUUGUGCAUUUUAGAUCUAAGCUCAAACCAACUUCGCAAAGGAUCCAUAGAAAAGGGGACAUUUCAAAAUAUGAAUUCUAUUCAGGACCUCAAAAUUAAUGAUAACCCCUUUCCUAAUGGAGGAUUUCCUGACGAAGAAAUAGAACGUCUUUCGUCCCUGAGAAACUUAUCAAUGAGCACCACUACUUCAACUUUGCAUUUUUCUUCAAAAUUUCGAAGCUUAAAAACUCUUAAAAAGUUGGAAAUUGAUUCUCAUGUCGAUUUUCAGUUAAAUAAUAAGUCUUUUGAAAAUCUUGCAGAACUCAAAAUAGAAUAUGUACACUUUGUUUUUAGUGACUAUUGUCCAUGCCGAAAUAUUGACGAAGAUUUGUUUUGGGCGUUUGCUAACUUAAAAGGCCUGCACUUUCAAACUUCGUGUGGUAUGCGAUAUGCACUGAAAUCGCUGAUGAGACUUCAGUCUAAGACAUUGAACUAUCUAAACUUUUCAAGUUCAUUCGCACUUUCUGCAGAGGUAUGCAUGGUUCUGAAUGAAAAUGAAGUGAAGUAUCUGAGAAACGUCUGUGCUAAAACUGUUAGUUUGAAGGAAACGGGUAUUGUAAGCAUAGAUGCAAUGAAAUCCUCCUUAUUUAUGAAAUGUAUUGAACAAAUAGACUUGUCAUUUAAUCUGUUGCGCAACACGCCUUUUGCGUAUGCAAUUCUAGAAGCACCGCGAAUCAAAGUCAUAAAUGUCAGUCACCAAAGUAGCCGUGGUUCAUAUUCAUCUCCCAGUAAGAACCGAAAACCAAUGUUUCAACAAAUGCCUUUUAAUUUGACACUGUCGCCUUCAUUAGAAAUUUUAGACAUGUCCAAUACAAUGAUUGAUGCAAACACAACCAAGUUGAAAUUUGAAAUGUACGGAGCUAACCUACAACGUCUCAAUUUAAGAUACAUCAGUUUCUCUUUUUGUACGAAAAGCAACUUCGAACUGUUUUUUCCUCGGCUGUGGUUCCUGGAUGUCUCUGGUGUACAGUGUAACGAUUUAUAUGUAGCAUUUCUGAAAGAUUUUCACCCCUUGUCGGAACUCUACAUGAGUGAUGUAAAUCUCGAUGUCGGUCUAACAAGAGAUGUGAAGGGUGAAUUUCUUAAUGGUCUUACCAACCUGAAGGUUGUCGAUUUCUCAGAGAACGCUUUAAAAGAUUUACAUCCGAACAUUUUUCAAAGUCAAUCAUUCUCUUUGGAAACAUUAUUACUAAAUGACAAUCUACUCACUACAGUUCCAGAUGCUCUUCGUGUUGCUACGUCACUACGAAUUCUUGAAAUGAGAUCCAACAAAAUUGUAUCAUUUUCGAAUGAAGCUUUCAUUACCUUAAAUCAUCUAAAAGGCGUUCAGAUAGAUGUUAGAGGUAAUCCCUUUGACUGUUUCUGUAAUGCCAUUGAUUCCUUGCACUGGGUCUCCGAUCAUCAAGAAAUGUUUCUUCAUUUGAACGAGACCUACUGUAUUGAAGAACCAACCAAAACGUUAUUAACAGUAAUUAAUGAUAUGCGUUCGAUAGAUCUACAAUGUAUGUCAAAGCUGUGGUUAGAAAUAUCGACUUCUGCUCUGUCGUUCACAUUUGUGUUUCUUGCAACGUUUACAAUUUUAUACCGCUACAGAAUCCUCGUGCGUUAUGGCAUGUUGAGAAUCCGCUUAUUUUGGAGAAAAAGUUUUUCUGCAAUCAUUACAUGUAACAUUCCUGCAUAUGACGCAUACAUUUCAUAUUCAUCCAUUGAUUUUGUUUGGGUACGUACAAAACUUUAUCCAUCAUUAACAGAAGAAAAUCUUCAAAUUGCACUUCAAGAUAAAGAUUUUGACCCAGGUAGUCCCUAUGCAGAAGAAAUAGUUAAAUUCAUUAACAUGAGUAAAUAUGUUAUAUUCGUUAUAACACGGCAGUUUAUCAAAUCUGAAUGGGGAUCCUAUGAAAUUCAGGUCGCAAAAAUACACGCAAUUCAUACUAAUGCAAAACUUGUUCUGAUCAUCAAGGAUGGAAUCCAAAUUGAAGACCUUCCAAAAGACUUCUUGUUUAUUUGGUGGAAAAUCAAACCAUUGGUGUUUAAUGAAAACGAAACUGAAAGAAAACAAGCAAAAUUUUUCAAACGUUUAAUCACCACUAUUAAGGAUUAAUCGAAUACAAUAACACAGCUUUUCUUGAUGUUGUGUACUUUAUAUAUAUGUCACACUCAAGAAUUUUUCACUGAUAUGUAGACGUCACCAUUGCCGGUGAAGGGCUGCAAAAUUUAGGCCUAUACUCGGCGCUUACGGCCUUUGAGCAGGUUGGGAUCUUCAUCGUGUCACACCUGCUGUGAUAUGGGGUCUUGAUUUUUCCGGUCCCAUCCGAAGGACCGCCCCGUAUAGUCACCCCUUACGAGAAAUAAGAUGUACUGAGGACCUAUUCUAACCCAGAUCCCAACGGAAUUUCAAUUUCGGACAUAAAAUAGACUUGUUUCAAAUUAAUAAGUUUCAGAGCACUUACGAAAAAUAGCUUUAAAAAAUAAUGCAUAUAUUGUAGCUAUAGAACAACUUUUAUAUACAAUUUUUGCCUUUAAUAUCUUUAUAAAUUGAAAUUAUAGCCAUUUCCUUAUGAAUGCAGUUGUGAACAAUUCGUGUAUGAAUCUUGAUAGAUAGGUGCUCUAUAUAAAUACCUUGGGAUUUCGACAAACAUGAAAGUAGAAAAUACAAUUUUUGAAUAUGCAUGAGGAUAUGAACUCUGAUAUAUCAUAGUAGCAUAUAUCAAGAAUCGCGUUAGCGAGUUGUUUGAUAAAAUUAAAACAUUUUCAUAAAACUGUUUGUAAGGUAAAUCUUAGUCCAUUUUCCAAACCUUUUCCCCUCAGCUAUGCAAACGUUUUCUUUUUUCUGAGAUGCUAUGCAUAUUGGGAUACAUUGACCAUUGAAAACUACUUAUGAAUCAUCAAGACAAAUACAUAAUUCCUGAACGUCUUGUAAAAUUUUAAUUUCGCAUUUGACGUUUCAUUUUUACAACGCAUACAGAUAAAAUCAUUUUGAAAUGAUGCGACGAAACUACUACUAUUCCGUGAAAAGUGACCUAAAAAUAACGUAAAUUGUAACACAAUACACGUAUCAACACUUCGCCGCAAGUUACGUCCCUUUGCGGGGUCAGCCAAAGGUCAAUCGGUGAAAAACCCAGUUUUCCUUCUUUACCUUACCAAAUGUAAGAUGUUAUUACUUUGAAUUUUAGCCAAUUACCAAGUUUUCAUACAAGUUAAUGGGUUGCCCCAAUCUGGGGCAUAUUGUAGUUGACUGCAAUUGAUGGUAAAAUAACAGAUGUCAAAGCUACAGAUAGGAAAAUUACAAAGGCCAACGUAGGGAAAUACGAUUUUUAUCCGGAAGAUGGCGGACAAGGGACGUAACUUUCGCGAAGUGUUGAUACGUGUAUUGACAUAACCAUACUAGAGACAUAUCGACAUGUUUAUAGAAUAAUUAUGUAUGUUUGUUGUUUUUAUAAUUACUAAGAAGGCCAUAUGUGAAUAAGACAUAAUAAUCCGUAUUUGUCAUUAAAAACCUCUUUCGUUCUCGGAUACAUGGUUAAUAUAAUAUCAUAUCUUCAUGUACACUGUUAAUCUCAUAUCCUCUCUUUAUGGGAAGUGUCAAUUAUAUUUGUGUCAGAACGCAAUCUUUUUAGAUGUAUGUAAUUAUCAAUUAACCUAAUGUACAUAGAUUUAGCAAUCUUGAUAUCCAUAGUAAAUGAAAUAAUUAUGUAUAUCCAGGAGUUCGUGUUUGUCCAACUCUCUAUUUUGUAUUCCUUAUAAGAUUUAUAAGAUUAAUCACUGUCCAUUAUCUUUCCCUUUCAUAUUUGUGUAGAAUGAUAUAUAUUUAUUUAUUGGAUUAUCUAUGAUACUUCAAGAUCUUUGGUAUGAAAUAUAAACUUUGUGAAAUAAAUUCUACAAUGGACAUUGUGUUUGGAAUAUCGCGAACGAAUUGGAAAUGUUGUCUUUGGUUCGAGAGUCUCCCCAUGGCCCGGAUACAUUCCCUGACUUCUACACAGUAAGCAGAUUCAGAUUCCGAAGUCCACACUAUACGAUGUUAGAAGAGCUAUACGAACUAGAAGGCUUCCCUGUACUAGUGCUUACGGACGUGCAUUUAGAUUGAACACAUUGUAGCAUUGAGAGGUUGUGUUUUCACUUUAGUACAACCAAAUAUCAAAAAACAGUAGACGUUGUAUUAUAGUAUUUUACGUAUUUACUUGGAUUUUGUUUUGACGAAAAUAAACACAGCUGUAAACUUUUCGAAAUUGUUUAAAUCUAUUUUCACGAUACUUGACCGGCAAGUGUCAUACGUUUUCAAUGUUUAUACGCAAUAUCGGGACUGGACGU